AUGGAUCAAAAAGAACAAUGGUUCUUUGGACCAUAUAGUCUGGAUCCACAGCAGGCUCAAAGAGAGCGUGAUCAAAAGCUCAACAACCUUCUCACAUUGCCUAACAAUCCAACCUCAACACUAUUGAUCAAUCACAAACAAGAAGUAUUCAAAUCAAUAUGUACAUUAUUUAAAGAAUGUGAUUGGUAUAAGAAUGUUAGUAAAUAUGACACAUUGAACAAGUUGCUUGCUGUCGUGUUGGAUGAUGAAGCAAACAAACAAGCUCUGAUCGAUUUGUUGUUGUGUAGACAAGAUGUAAGAAAAGGAAGAGAGUUCAAUGCAUUGUUCCGAGUGAUACAUUCAUUCAUCAAACCAAUCGAGUCAUUACUUCCCUUUUUCAAUCAACUCAAUCCCAACAACAUAAACAUCGUUAUCACUAUCUUUGGAACAUCAUUCCAACAAUUAGCAUUACAAGAUAUAAUGUUUAUCAAGCCAAACAAACUACAACAUCUCACAUCGAUCACAUUUCCAGCAUAUCAAUCACUCAAGAAUUUAUCAAAAGCCAAUCAAGUUAGAGAGUUGACACUCAAGCUAAUUGAUAGAUGGUUAUGUCCGAGUCAUAUCUACGACUUGCACACAUACUAUGACAGUGCAGUACAUCACCUAACCUCACUCACCUUGAUACUCGAUGACAUCAAGGAUGCCACCAUGCUGAUACCAGGAGUCUCAAACAACAUUCAUACAAUAGAGUUGAGAAUCAUUGACAUACAAUCUAUGAUUGUCAAGGAUAUUGGAGCAUCUGGAGGCUUGUACAAUAUAGAUCGCGACCAUCUUGCACCAUUGUUGGAUCAAUUCAAUCAACCAAUAUUCAGCAAACUCAACAAAGUAUCAAUAGUGAUCAGUUUUAAAAGAGACAAUGUUGUUCGAGAAUCAUUCCUCUUGCGAUUAUUCCUUCGAUGUUGUCCGCAAUGUGCACUCCAAUUUGUACAUCAUGACCAA